AUGAAAUUUACACCAUUAUCUCAAGCCAUUAGAAUUAUUAUACAAUGUCUAUUUUCAUUUUUAAUAUUAACCGAAAUAAAAUUAGUAUUUGCAAACACAGAAACAACUAUUGUAGAAGUGCCAUCGGAUUUCCCAAUUGAUCUUAUAAAGACACGCAUUCCUAGCAUUGCUGACAAAGUAUAUCAAGAAAAAAAGGAACAGUUUAAUUAUAUCUCGUUAUUUAACACAAACCAUAUAACUAAGUCAUUCAAACUAAAUAUUGAUGGUAACAAUAAUCUUACUACGCCUUCCUAUUUUAGGGGGAAUGAUAAAAGCAAGAAAAGUAUCCAAACUUUUGAAAUCCUAGGAUACAGACCAAGACAUAAAUAUAUGAUCAAAAUAUGUUGGAGUGCUAUAUUCCCUGUAUCAAUAAGUGAUAUAACUACAAAAUUUAUUGACAAUGAUAAUGGAAAGAUGAGUUUAUUAUUAGAAUUUAGGGUUAAUCCAAGUAGUAAUAAUAUUAGAUUUGCACUAUUCUCUUCGUCGGCACAAAAAGAUGAGCAAGAACAGAUACAUGUUCCUGUUAAUAUUUCAAUAGACGAGUUAUUUUUGGGCAUACCUGUUACUCUUUAUUCUACAAUAUUAUAUUUAGUGGCUGUUGUUUUAUUUACAUCUUUCAUGUUAUAUAUAUUUCAGUAUAAAAAGAAACUGUUGUUCCAAUUUGAUAACAAUAAAGAAUAUUCGAAAACGAAAAGAUGUUAA